AGAGGGAGAAAGCUGCUCAAGGACCAGGGAGGAGCAGAUAAGGUGAAGAUCUAAAGGCAAUUACAGCACUGGGUUCCAAAACUAGAAGACCACUGGUGACUUUGCAGUACAUCAGAGGGUGCAGAUUAUCCUUCUGUGUGGUGAGACAGGAAGAGCAUCAGCACUGGCACUUAAGUGCCAAUCAGAGGUCUAUUUGUGCAGUUGAUGAUCUCGCCCUAGUGCCGAGUUGUGAUGUGUGGGUGCACCAUGGCAAUACAAGGUUCAAUAGUGAGCCUGGCUCUACUGUUCUUUGGGAUUCAAGCUGUUCCUAACCCCACCAGCAAACUAGUGAGGACCACAAGAGUGAGGCGACAGGUUCCCGAAGACGGGGGUCCCUCUAGCAACCAGACCCAGGCCAUGAUCUUCAAUCAUGUAUACAACAUCAAUGUACCUCUAGAGUCACUCUGUUCAGUGGACCUAGACACGGUACCAGGACCAGGGACAAACAAAGGUACAGCUGGGAGUGACAAGAUGCCGACAGAGUACACAGAAGAGACAGUGGACUCGGACAGCCAGGUGACCUUCACCCAUCGCAUCAAUAUCCCAAAGCAGACCUGUGCUUGUCCUGCGGCUGCCGCCAUGGAACAGCUGGCUAACCGCGUAGAGAUGCUGGAGAGGGAGGUGUCCUUGCUUCGAGCACAGUGUAGCUCCAGCUGCUGCGGAGAGAGCUCUGUUAUGGGUCGCUUGGACUUCGUCCCUCAGUGUGGCCAUGGCACGUUCAGUAUGGAGGUUUGUGGGUGUGUUUGUGAAGAAGGAUGGAUUGGCAAGAACUGCUCUGAACCCCGCUGCCCAGAUGACUGCUCCGGCCAGGGCAUUUGCAUCGAAGGCGAGUGUGUAUGCGACCGUAACUUUGGCGGUGAGAACUGCUCGGAGCCUCGAUGUCCAGGUGAUUGCUCUGACAGGGGGUUGUGCAUUGAUGGCGAGUGUGUUUGUGAGGAAGCCUUUGCUGGAGAGGACUGCUCGCUGGGCAGAUGUCUGAACGAUUGCUCAGAUCAAGGAACCUGUGUGAACGGAACCUGCCAGUGCCGACCUGGCUUCCUGGGGGAAGACUGCUCUCUCAUCUUCUGUGCUAAUAACUGCAGCCAGAAAGGGGUGUGUAAGGACGGUUUCUGUGCCUGUCAAGAGGGAUAUACAGGAGAUGACUGCGCUUCAGUGUCACCUCCUAUGAAUCUGCGAGUUCGGGGAGUGUCAGAGAACACCAUUGAUCUGGAAUGGGAGGGGCCUGUGAUCCUGACAGACUAUCUCAUCACUUACGCCCCCACAACCCCUGGUGGAGUCCAACUAGAGAUCAGAGUCCCAGGAAAUGUUACCAACACCACCAUCAAAGGCUUGGGGCCGGGUCUGGAGUACAACAUCAAUGUGUACGCGGUGAUCGACAACAUCAUAAGUGCCCCAAUGAACACCUUAGUCUCCACCUAUCUCUCGAAUCCAGACGGUUUACUCUUCAAAUCCAUCAUGGAGACAUCCGUGGAGGUUCAGUGGCAACCCUUAGACUACUUGUUUGAUGGUUGGGAAAUAAGCUUCAUUCCCAAGGACAAUGAUGGAGGGAUGACAGCACAACUACCCAGUACCAUCACGUCAUUCCACCAAACAGGGCUGCGGCCUGGGGAAGAAUACACUGUCAACCUGGUGGCCUUGAAAGACCAGGGAAGGAGCCAGCCUGUUACUGAAACUGUUAUCACACAUUUAUCUACCCCAGAGAAGGCCCGGGAAGAUGAGCUUUCGCUAAGCAACCUGAGAGUGCUGUCGAAAACUUCCACUAGCCUGGAGCUGGAAUGGGACAAUAGUGAGGCAGAUGUAGAAGGCUACAGGGUGGUUUACAGCACACUGGCUGGUGAUCAGUAUGACAAAGUCAUUGUCCCAAGCAACGAUGGCGCCACCACCAAAACUACUCUCACUGAUUUACUGCCUGGCACAGAGUAUGGCAUAGGAAUUUCAGCCGUUCUAGGUGCCAACCAAAGCACCCCAGCAACGAUGAAUGCCAGAACGGGUCUGGAUGUCCCCUUGGAUUUGACUGUCACAGCCUCCACAGACAACACCAUCACUCUGUUGUGGGGCACAGUGCAGGGGCCUAUUGAUCACUAUAAGGUGACCUACACUUCCUCCACUGGAGUCACAACUGAGCUGACGGUGCCCAAGGACGUCAACACCACCACACUGACAGGUCUAGAGCCGGGCACCGAGUACACCAUUACAGUUGCAGCACAGAGAGGCAGGCAGCAGAGCACUGCCGCUACUAUUGAUGCCUUCACAGGGUUCCGCCCUAUCACACAGCUCUUCUUCUCCGAUGUCACUUCUGAUUCAUUGACUGUGGCAUGGAGUGCACCGGCACCACCUGCUGACGCAUUCAUCUUGAACUACAAUGCUCAGGACUCCAGUGAUGAUUCUGAGAUUGCUCUAGAUGGGUCCAAAACCAGAAUCACACUCACUGGUCUCCUGCCCUCCAGGCGGUACACUGUUACCCUGGUUACCAUGCACGGCAAUGUGACCUCAAAGCCAGUUAUAGGCUCAGUCGCAACAGGAUUGGACCCUCCCAGAGAUAUGAGUGUGAUGUACGUCACAGAGGAAUCUGUAACCAUAUCAUGGAUUCAACCACUCGCACCCUUUGAUUACUAUAAAAUGUCUUACCAAUCACCAAAAGGUAGGAUGGACAAUGUGGUGAUUGACAAUGACAUCACCAACUACACCCUAACCAGCCUCCAUCCAGCAACGGAGUACGAAAUUAAGCUGAACGCAGUGAGAGGAAGCCAAGAGAGCAAGGUCAUCACCACUACUGUCUUUACAGCUAUGGACAUGCCUAUGGAGCUCACUGCAUUGAAUGUUACACCUCAGGGGGCUCUGCUGCGUUGGAACCCCCCUGUUUCCAGUGUUGAUAACUACGUGCUCACCCUCACCCGGAACCAAGUUACGGCAGACACCUUCUUAGUGGAGGGUAACAAGCAGGAGCACCAGCUGAGUCAGCUCAUCCCCAGCACCACCUACUCAUUGGCUCUUUAUGCCUCUAAAGGUCCUCUCACCAGUGGCACAGUCAUUGCCAACUUUGUCACACCCAUGGAUGUGCCCCAGAACCUGACAGCUAGUGAGAUUAACCAUCGAAGCGCCCUCAUAUCCUGGCAGCCGCCCAUCGCAGACAUCGAUAACUACAUGCUGACCUACAAAGCAGCAGACGGCAGUCGAAAGGAGCUGAUCUUAGAUGCUGAAGACACAUGGAUCCGUCUCGAGGGGCUGGCGGAGACCACCGAAUACACUGUGAGACUGCAAGCCGCCAGAGGAUUAGAGACCAGCGCCAUUGUUUCUACAUCUUUCACAACAGGAAACCGAUUGUUUCCCACGCCACAGAACUGUGCGCAACACCUCCUGAACGGAGAGACGCUGAGCGGAAUUUACACCAUCUACAUCAACAGAGACCUCAGCCAAGGUGUGCAGGUUUACUGCGACAUGACCACCGACGGAGGCGGCUGGAUAGUGUUCCAGCGACGUCAGAACGGUUUGACUGAUUUCUCCAGGAAGUGGAGUGACUACAAGAUCGGCUUUGGCAACCUGGAGGAUGAAUUCUGGCUCGGCUUGGACAACAUUCAGAAGAUUGCAGCUCAAGGUCGUUAUGAGCUCCGCAUUGACAUGAAAGACGUCCAGGAGUCUGUAUAUGCCAACUAUGACAGGUUUUCCAUUGGAGAUUCCAAGAGCCUCUACAAACUGCGGAUAGGAGAGUAUAAUGGCACUGCAGGUGACUCUCUAAGCUACCACCAGAGCAGACCUUUCUCUACCAAGGACAAGGACAAUGAUAUCGCUGUCACUAACUGUGCACUGUCCUACAAAGGAGCCUGGUGGUACAAAAACUGUCAUCGGGCCAACCUUAACGGCAAAUACGGAGAGUCCAGACAUAGUCAGGGUAUAAACUGGUAUCACUGGAAAGGCCAUGAGUUUUCCAUCCCUUUUGUGGAGAUGAAGAUGAGACCUUUCAACUACCGCAGCAUCAGUGGCAAGCGGAGGAGGUCCACCCAUUAAUCUACCAUCCUACUAGCUGUUUCUAUUUUUAAAUAGGGCGAGGAGGACAGAAGGAGCGAUGUAACUUAUUUAAAUCUUCGAAUGACAAAAUCCCUUUGACGAAUGUCUGAUGUAAAUUGUAAACCUUGAGGUUCGGUGACUUUCUAUAUGUGUAAUGCUAUUUGUUCAGCUCCGGGAGAUUGAAGACUAGGUAGGGUUUGGUAUUUUUAGCACGUUUACCGUAUGAGGCCUGUGGAAAGAACCUCAUUAUUAAGUGAAGAAAAGAUCAUUUCUCCCUUUGAGAUAAAAGAUUUUAGAAGAAAAUGAAUGCCCGUUAAAAUGAGAUGCUUCUAUUUUUAUAAAUGAUGAGAAAUAAGAAAUACCUUUAAAAAAGUAACUGAAUGAUUUUUGGUCAGUUUUGAUUUAUGUUCAUGUGACCAAUUACAGUGUUGUAUUUUGCAUUUACUGCACCCUGAAGCAAACAAUAUUUGCUUUAUUGUAACUGCAUUUUCAUCUCAUAUUUAAACUUAAACAUUAACAGUUGGCCAUUGUACUGUUAAAGCGUUGCAGUCGAGGUUGAAGUUGCAAAUGUUGGGUUUUCUGGAAAAGAUGAUACAAAACACAAAAUGUUAUUAUUAUUAUUGAAACCUCAGAAACCAAAGAAUUAUUCAGUAUCUGCGGUCAAAACAGAUUGAAAAAAGAAUGAUCACAUGCUUAUCACUCAUAUAAUUUGCCCCAUAUUAGAUUAAAUUUUUAUUUUAAAUUUUACAAUUUUGUGCAUGGCUGAUAAGUAAUACUUUUACAUCAUAGGUUUUUUUUUUUUGUAUGUUUGUUUGUUUGUUUUAAGGUAUAAACUGUCCUUAGAGCACUGAUAUGUACAUAUGAAAAACUCAUAUGGAGAAUUUUUACAUAGUUAUGUUUCACAUUCAAUGCUUUGAGUGUUUUGUUCCUGUAGACUUGAAAGAAUAAUGGUGUCCUUCUGUGUCUUGGUAAAUCCUCUAGAUUAAUAGCAAUUCAUAGGUGAGUGCAGGAGAAUUGCAGUAUGUGUUUUGCACUGCAGUAGUACAUGCAGAGUGAAGACCAUCUGAAGGGUUCUUUUCAUAGAUCUUCUGUUCGUUUCAUGCAUAGUCAUUGUAAAAUGGAGUUGGACAGACACCUGCUGACAAGCAGUCAAGCUUGAGCUUUCAAGACCUGACGUACACACAAUAGGUCACAAAAGUAAUGCAACUCUUAGUGCAACUUAGAACAUAGCCUUAAUUCUUUUACCAUUUUGUACCUGACAAGAAUAUAUUAUUUCAUUCUGUAGUUUAACAUGGCCUCAGUGUGUUUUGUACAGUGAUUGAAAGGUUUGUGAAGGAGUACGACCAUGUCAUGUUUUUCUAAACCUUCCUCAUACAAUGUAACUUUUACCUCAGCAAGAUGAUUUAGAUUUUUCUUCUUUAAUUUAUCUGUAUGCUCUACCCAUUUCUGUAAGGCUGUAGACAAAUAUUGUUCAGUUCUCCGGAGUUCUGCUUCUCACAACACCUGUUUCGCAUAGUCUCAAAUCUCCUAAUGAGCCUCUUCUGAGAGACGGCGCUAUGAUGUCUUCAAAGAGUUUCUACGCUUUUCCUUUGCUUCUAUUUUUUCUUUCCUUUUUGAGGGGUAAGAUUAGAGAGUGUAGCAACAGCUGGGAUGGGAACUAGAAACCAAGUAAAUUCUUAAUCAGCUCAAGCUAAUUGCAUUUAACACUGAAAAAUACUUACAUUUUGCUUGCACCAGAAGGCAUCGUUUUCUCCAGUUACUGUUCUGCAGAGAACAUGGGUGGAAAUAUGUGUUCCUUCUUCUGUUUUCUAACUGUUUCCGUCAGAAAACUAAUUGUUUGUGGGUUCACAGUGAAGCAGCCCUUCUGUAGUUAUUUCUGAAAGAGGAAUAGAGACUUUAGAGUUGUGUUGACUGAUUGAGACAGCUUCUCAACAGAGAGUGACAGCAGAUUUUCCUCCAUUAUUCAUUGACUCAGCAUAUGGUGGGGGCACUUCAAGUCCCCUUCAUUCUGACAUGCCUCCCAUCCACCAAACCACUUGGUUCAACAUUCACCACGGGAGCACACUUAAAAACAUGUUAUACACAACACUUGGAACUAGGUCAACUAGGUCAUUUUACCACUUUCAUAUACAUUUAUUUAAUUUCAUUACGAUAUUGUAAAAAUCCCCUACAUUUUGUACCUAAGAGGAUGUUGUAGAGCAGUAAAAAUGUUUAACUGCUUAUCCUUUACCUCUAUGGCUCUUGGAAAAAUGUGUUUAGCAUGAACACUAAUGAAGCAGGUAAUGUGUGCAAAAGAACGGUCUUUGAGACAUUUGUCCCUAACUUGCUAACCACAUUGUCAGAUAACCUUGGAUAUUAUUGUAACAGAUCAAAUUAGCUCUAGUUUAACUUAAAAUGUGCUGUAUAGUUCCUUUUUUAAUACAUUUU